AUGACGGAGGAGAAUGUGAUGCGCAACAUCCGUAUCAGCAAGCUCGUGCUGAACAUCGGUGUGGGAGAGUCUGGCGAUCGUCUCACCCGCGCCGGCAAGGUGCUCGAGCAGCUGACCGACCAGAAGCCUGUGUUCUCGAAAUGCCGCUUCACCAUCCGUUCGCUUGGUGUUAGGAGGAACGAGAAAAUCGCCUGCCACGUGACUGUGCGCGGCAAGAAGGCUCUUGAAUUGCUCGAGCGUGGCCUCAAGGUCAAGGAGUACGAGCUUAAGAAGGAGAACUUCUCUGACACUGGCAACUUCGGUUUCGGUAUCCAGGAGCACAUCGAUUUGGGACUGAAAUACGACCCCUCCACCGGUAUUUACGGUAUGGACUUCUACGUGCAGCUGAUCAGGCCCGGCUACCGUGUCACCAAGCGCAGGAAGUGCAGGGCUAGGAUCGGCAAGAACCACAAGAUCACCAAGGAAGACGCCAUGAAGUGGUUCCAGGAGAAGUUCGACGGUAUUAUCUUCAACUAG